GAGCUCUAAAAAAAUUACUACAUCCACAUCCCACAUCUCCUCAGUUUUGAAAGACCACGACGAUACCAUUGGACGUGUUUCCUCAAAUCUUAUCGGAAGACUUGUUUGAUACGUGUUUUUGUCAAGUUCAUCACAUUAACCGAGCUACUCUGCUAUGGCAAAAGGAGAGGGGGGUGAACAAUACUCUAAUGCCAGUUUAUUGAAUAAACCGCCCAGCUCGGAUGGCAUCACGCUCGCAAAAAAGCAUGAGCGGAACAGGUUAUCAGUUUGCAACAAGCUAUGCUAUGCAGUCGGUGGAGCACCCUACCAGAUCACAGGAUGUGCCUUGGGCUUUUUUCUGCAGAUCUAUCUACUGGAUGUAGCUCAGCUUGAUCCCUUCUAUGCCUCCAUCAUCUUGUUUGUGGGCCGAGCAUGGGAUGCCGUAACAGACCCCACAGUGGGCUUCCUGGUGUCCCGUAGCCCAUGGACCCGUUUUGGACGCAUGCUGCCCUGGAUCGUGCUCUCGACCCCUCUGGCUGUGCUUGCCUAUUUCCUCAUUUGGUACGUUCCCCCUUUUGAGGAUGGCAAAGUCAUCUGGUAUCUUUUCUUCUACUGCAUCUUCCAGACGCUGCAGACUUGCUUCCAUGUGCCGUAUUCUGCACUCACAAUGUUCAUCAGCUCAGAGCAGAAAGAAAGAGACUCAGCCACUGCAUACAGGAUGACUGUGGAGGUUCUGGGCACAGUUGUUGGUACAGCCAUCCAGGGGCAGAUUGUGGGUAUGGCAAAUGCUCCCUGCGUCCCGGGACCUCUUGACAUCAUGGCAGACCUGAACAGCACAAUAAAGUCUGGUGGACUAAAUGAGUCAGGGCCUGUCAUUUUACUGGAGCACACGAGAGCAGCCUACAUGAUUGCUUCUGGUGUCAUCUGCAUGAUCUACGUCCUCUGUGCUGUUGUUCUUUUCUUCGGUGUGAGGGAGAAAAAAGAGUCUUGUCGUCCCAGGUCGGAGCCAAUGUCUUUCUUUGGAGGGAUUAAGCUGGUGAUGGGCCAUGGACCCUAUGCCAAACUGGUCAUGGUCUUCCUCUUCACCUCACUCGGUUUCAUGCUCCUGGAGGGAAACUUUGCCCUUUUCUGCAGCUCCACACUGGGCUUCAGAAACGACUUCCAGAAUAUCCUGCUGGUCAUCAUGCUCUCUGCUACUCUAGCAAUCCCCUUCUGGCAGUGGUUUCUGACUCGCUUUGGGAAAAAGACAGCAGUUUACACUGGCACUUUGUCUGUGGUUCCCUUCAUGAUCCUGGUGGUGUGUCUGAAGAGUAACCUGAUUGUCACCUACAUUGUCUCUUUUGCUGCUGGAGUUGGAGUGGCUGCAGCCUUCCUGCUUCCCUGGUCCAUGCUGCCUGACGUUGUGGAUGAUUUCCAAGUGCAGAAUCCAGACUCUACGGGCCACGAAGCUCUCUUCUACUCCUUCUACGUCUUCUUUACCAAGUUUGCUUCUGGAGUCUCCCUCGGCAUCUCCACCCUCAGUCUAGAUUUUGCAGGGUACAUCAGCAGAGGCUGCACUCAGCCACAGGCAGUGGAUGUAACCUUAAAACUGCUGGUGUCUGCCGCCCCUGUGGUUCUUAUCAUAAUCGGCCUGGUCAUUCUGUACUUUUAUCCAAUCGAUGAGGAGAGGAGGCAAGGCAACAGAAAACUGCUCCAGGAACAGAGGGAAAAUGAAGCAGAUUCAGAAACAGACUCAACAGAGCUAGCAAACAUGGUCUAGCACCUUUGAGGGACUCAUCCACCAAUCGGGUGCUCGAUUGGCAUUUUUGCACUUGGCGGGACCAACAGAUCUGGACCUGUCGGAUCGUGUAGACACUGCCUUGUCCAAUCACUCUGCUGCUGUUUUAAGUCCACGAAUUUGACUUCAAAACAUUUUCUUAGCAUGAAAUUCCAUCUCCUUGUUCAGUCAUAUCUCAAAAGCCUUACUUUUUGUACAACAUACUACUUUUGAGUACUGCCAGAAAAUGUUUUCCUUAAGAUAGAUCUUUGUCUUGGUUGAAAGAUGCACAAAACCAUGAAAUUUGAUGGGAGCAUGUAUUGUCAGUGCUGCCAUUAUUGGUGCUACUCGCUGCAGCAGGGCAGUUUCCAUCCAUGUACAUAGAACAUUGUGCAUUAUGACCAUGAGCACUGCGCUAAAAACAACUUCACAGCUGUGUGAUGUGAGCAUUGUGAGAAACUUGAACAGUGAUACCGCCUUAAUUUCAACCUCAUUUUGGGGUUUGAAGUUCAAAACUGACAAACUUGUGCCAGUCACCUGCUCUUGAGUCAUAGACUUGGGUGUGUAUUUUGAACAGUUUAAGUGUUUCCUGGAAUUGUACUAUAAAUCCUUAUAGUGUACAUACAGCAGUCAGCCAGUAAGUUUCCAUCUCAUUCCCAUCCCACUGGCUUUUUUUUGUUCUCCAAAGAAGCCAAGAUAAUGUGAUGUUUGAACUUUUGGCCAAACAGCAAUGGCUUUGCUCUAAAGGGCUCCUUUAACUUCCCUACCAUAUUACUGAAACCACUACAACUGUAUAAGCAUUUAGUUUGCACGCAUAACUCUAAUGCUUAUCCAGCAAAGACAUUAUUUAUGUUCUUUUGAAAAUGACAGCUACUGAACAUAGGAAAUCUUUGUCUCUUCUCUAAAUGCUUUAAUUUCCUCAAUAGUGAGCAAAACGGUGACUUCAGCAGGUACUAAUCUAGUGCUAUCAUUAUUUAAAUAUUUAUUAGAAUUGAUUUUACUGUUUUUGAAUUCAUGUUUGCCGGGAAGUCUUGCUUCUUACAGUAUUUAAACCAAUUUAAGGCCUGUGAGGUCAUAAGUUGGAGGUGUCAAAAUAAAGAAAUGGGGGGACAAGCUUCUAAAUAAUCACACGCCUUUUAAUGCAUGUUGCCAUCCUUACUGUCUUUGCUAUAUAUGCAUUCAAAAAGGGAAGCACAUAAUUUUGAAGAAAGAUGAGUGGAUAGCGGGGAAGUGAACUCUUCACAGUUCCCCUUUUGGGUUUUUUUUUUUUCGUCUUUUGAAUGUUUAUUUUUGUAUAUAUGUAUGUUUAUUGAAGGAACAACAAAGAUUCUUUUUUUUAUCAUCUCAAUCCCUGUCAUGAAAUUGUGGAUUGACCUUUUUCAUAUCUAUUGAUAUGGAAAUGUGUAUAUACAGUCAUAUGUUAUACAUACUCUUAACAUCUUUGACACGUUGUUUCUGACAACUGGGUUGCCAAUGUGAAAUUGUUUAUAUUUGAUUUACAUUUUUCUUCUACUCCCUCAAAGUUCCUUCUACUCCUGGUAGAGGAUACUAUACAUGCCAACAUGGAGCCAUUUUCAUCCACUAAGCCUAUACUACUUGUACACCCUGUACACCUCAUCCUGUUAUGUUUGUCCGUGUUUGGUCUAUGGAUCUGUCAGUAAACUUAUCUCAUGACUCUUGAGGCUGUAGCCAAAUGUGUGAGCUUUGAUCCCACAGGGACUCACAGAAGCCUUCUGUACAUGCCUCCUGUGCAUAUGUAUAUAUUGUAUGUAAACUUGUACAUAUCUUUGAUAUUUGUGGUUGCAAGUGAAACGAACUUAUGUACACUGUACUGUAGUUAUUUAAGAAACAUUUUUGAGAUUGAAAAAAGAUUGUUAAUAAAUACUAAUAAGUGUACUGUGAA